AUGAACACCGGUCAACUGAACACGAACGAGCAGCGCGUCCGCUUCCACCCCGGUUGCCGGGUGAAUUGUGAAUUAAACUGUGGUACAAUCGAUGCUGGAAAAGGCUACUGUGGUGUUGGUAGUAGCAGCAGUGGUAGUAGUCACAGAUCAAGUGAGCGUUUGGCUGAUUUAGACCAUGAGAUCAGCCAUGUCACUAAGUUGAAGUUUCUCCUCAUGAGCGGUUUAGCCAUCAAGUCCCUGGGAGACAUCAGUUACCUGUUUCCACUAUGGAUAGCCGAGCUUAUGCGAGAACUUGUUGCUGGUAGCAGUGAUGAUUCCAUUUAUGUCUAUGAUCUUGAAGCUAAUCGAGUUUCACUCCGGACCGUUGCACACACGUCUGAUGUGAAUACUGUGUGUUUCGCCGAUGAAAGUGGACACCUCAUUUUAGCUGGAGGUGAUGAUAAUCUCUGCAAGGUGUGGGAUAGACGUUGUUUCAUUGGGAGAGAUAAGCCAGCUGGUGUUCUGGUGGGACACCUCGAAGGUGUUACAUUUAUCGAUAGCCGUGGAGAUGGUCGCUAUUUCAUAUCAAAUGGCAAAGAUCAAACCAUUAAACUAUGGGAUAUCAGAAAAAUGUCAUCCACCGUACCUGCAAGGCAUGAGGUGCACAGAAACUAUGAAUGGGAUUACAGAUGGAUGGAUUACCCUUCAGAGUCAAGAGAUCUAAAGCAUCCUUAUGAUCAGUCUGUGUCCACAUAUAAAGGUCACUCAGUGUUGCGUACUCUUAUCCGUUGCUACUUCUCUCCAGCACAUAGUACUGGCCAAAAGUACAUCUACACAGGAUCCAACGACAGUUCUGUCCACAUAUAUGACUUGGAAAGUGGAGAUAAAGUGGCAGCGUUAAAGCAUCAUAACUCACCUGUGAGAAACUGUAAUUGGCAUCCACAUUAUCCAACGCUUAUAAGCUCUUCAUGGGAUGGGAAUCUUGUGAAAUGGGAGUUUCCUGGGAGCGGUGAACCGCCAAUCAUGAGCAAAAAGAGGGUUCGAAGGAGACAUUUCUAA